AUGCCUCAUAAAGGUGAGUCCGCUUCUUUCUUCUUGCUUCAUUUUAAUUGCAAUAUUCAGGCAGGUCGCCCCUUUCCUCCCUCCUUCCUUCCUCCCUCUGGCCGGUCCCCUCCCCCACUGCUACGCCGGGAGAGUUGGGCCGGAGAAGUUUCCACGCAGGAGCCCAAACUUUCUACUUCCAGCGAAAGCCCGCGUCGGAGGGCGACAGCCGGCGAGCGGGAGCGGCGCAGGGCUAGGGGCAGGCAGCCGGCUCAGCCCCAGCGCCAGCGCCAGCACGGGCUAGGCUCGCUGGAAGAACCGAGGCUCCGGGCGCAGCAGCAGCCGCGGCUGCCGACCCCAGCGUCGCCAAAUGCCCCCGGCCGGCGGCAGAGGACGAAGAGGCUCUGCGGUGCCCCAGGCCCGGGAUCGGCUUCGGAGACCGGGCGCCGCCGGCUGCUUUGUCCAGCCGAGGGCCCAGCGAGCGCGCACAGAGCGAGCGUGUGCAGGGAGCGCCGAAGAGCCAGCUCGCAGCGCUGCCGCCCGCCCGCCCUCCGGCUUUGUGCGGCGCUCCACUCGGGCACAGAAGAGUCCGCGGGCACUCGAGCGCCGAGGGGCACCGCGCCCGCCGCCAGCCGGAGCAGUCUUUCGGCGAGGCAGCCACACUCUGGAGGCAGAGAGAAAGAGCGAGUGAGCGUGAACCGAGAAGGAAGCCACCAGGCCAAGGCGGUCGAACGCGCGCUCCGAGGGAGCUCAGAGCCGAGAGGCAGGAUUGUCAGCUUCCAUCAAGCCCCCGGGCUCUUGCCCCCAACUUGAGCGCAGAGCUCGGAACUUGAAAACUCUCUGCUCCCCAGGCUUCCCCAACCAUCGCCCUGGCCCAGCGAAAGCUGGGGCUUCCCUAUCCUCCAGCUCCCAGGCUCGGGGGAAGACUUUAACUAGGGGCGCGCAGAUGUGUGAGACCUUUUAUUGUAAGAGUGGACAGACUUCCCAGAUUUCAG